CAAUGUGGGCAGAGGGAGGGGAAAGUACACACAGAAGCCCGAGAGAAUGGGGCUAAAACAGAGCUGUAGUUGAGAAGAAAUGGCGGACUUUCAUCGUGUGAGCAAAUGACAAAAAAGGUGCGCGACAACAUAAAGAAACGGACGAGCAAAGCAGAAGUGGCGAGAAUUUAAGAGGGAUGUGGAGGAACGUUCUAUCGGUUUCAUCUCGGCUGACUGCCACCAAAGUGUAACGAGAGGAAACAAGAGUAACAGAAGUGCGCACAGGGGCUCAAACUUGUCUCGACCAGUCUGGCGGAAAAGAAAUCAUACUAGACAGAGAGAAAUGACUGAAUUUCUGGUGCUUAAUUUAUCGGGGAGGGAUUUGAACCACAGAGGCAAAUGAGACAGGAAGAGAGUGAGCGAGGGAGGCGGGAGUGAUGAGUGCGUAAAACAGCAGACAGGCAUGAGGAAAAAGAUUAACAGCCUUCACUGAGCCGGCGUGUGUGCUUGUGAAGUACUUCGUGGCAGUGCAAACCGAGUUUGGAAAUAUGAGAACAUAGGCAACGGGACAGGGUAGAUAAAACAAGCGCGUGUUGCGCAAGGUAAAAGCAGGACAAGGAGGAAGAGAGGGAGAGAGACAGACAAAGGUGGGCCUCUAAAGGGAAAGACUAACAGGAGGGGAGAGGUAUGAGGGGACAGCUCUCGAAGUCUUUCUUGUCUCUCAUGAUCACUCUCGUCUGUCUGGGGAGCCUGAUGACCACUCUCAUCUGGUACAAGUCGGACGGCAAACAUGUGAAGCCUCACCAACCAGCUUCUCAAAAGAAACAUGCCGCAAAGCCCUCAGAAAUUUGCAAAGGCUGCAAGGAAAUCAUUAGCAAGGUACAAGAGCGUUACAAUCAAACCUGGAAGAAGCAGGAGGAGAAAUACUUAAAAUUCAGAACUGAUCUGAGACUUAAGUGCAAUGGCAUUGACAAAGCAAUCAUUACCAAGAAUAACACUCCAGUGGGGUUGAAGCUCGUUUAUGAUGGGGAAAAGAAGAGGACUCUACAGGUGAACAAAGAGCUGUUCAGCAUUUUUACAAAGGAGAAUCCUUUUUCAAGUAAGAAAUGGGACACUUGUUCAGUAGUUGGGAAUGGUGGGAUCCUGUCUGACAGCAGCUGUGGAAAAAUGAUUGAUUCAGCUGACUUUGUUAUCAGGUGCAACUUACCUCCUUUGGAAAAUGGAUAUGAGAAAGAUGUUGGCAGCAAAACUAGCCUUGUGACAGCAAAUCCAAGCAUCUUCACACAGAGGUAUGGCUCCCUGGUGGGACGCCGCCUUCCAUUCGUGGAGAGUCUUCGCAAGUACGGCAACUCUCUGCUGCUCCUUCCUGCCUUCUCCUUUGGUAUAAAUACUGCUGUGUGUCAGCGAGUUGCAUAUACAAUAGAGGACUUUAAAAGCCCUAUUCGACCUGUUUUCUUUAACCCUCAGUACCUUGACAGUCUGGCUCAAUUCUGGAGCUCUGAAGGCCUGAAAGAAAGGCGGCUCAGCACUGGAUUAAUUAUGGUUAGCAUGGCCCUGGAAUUGUGUGAAAAUGUGCAUCUGUAUGGAUUCUGGCCCUUUAGUAAUCACCCAUAUGGCCUCUAUACCCUGACUAACCACUACUAUGAUGACAAACCAGCUAAAGCGAGUUUUCAUGCAAUGCCAGCUGAAUUUAACCGCUUGUUGCAGCUGCACACUGAAGGGGUACUCAGGCUUCACCUGGGAGACUGUGAAUCAGAUGAAAAAUAGUUCCCAGGGAUAGACAACAGCACAGAAGCAAAGUGCAGAAUUAAGUGCCUUCUCUAUAGCCUCAGGAUGAAGUUAGACACUCAAUUCAUUUCAUAUGUGUUUAAGAAAAUUUAGACAUUAUUUUUGGUUAGUGGAAAGAUGGAAAAUGGCCACAUAGACACCUUCCUUACCUUCCAGCAACCAAGACAUUUGCACUGAUGAGUGCCUCUUUAACCCUAUUUAUUAAACAGAUGUUCCAUUUGGAGUCUGGAAUGAUUUUAAUGCAGUUUGAUGCCUGUGUAAGGCAGUUGCUCUCAGUCUAGUGCCUCAUGAAAGAUUGAUCUCACCUUAUAUUCUGAAAUACCUCCAUUACAUGAAGACGUUCGUGCUGAAAAGCUUUUUAGAAAGAAAACGAAUACACUGAAUGUAAGGCCUAUUUUGACAUUUUUUAAACUAUUAACCUCUUUGUAUUUUAGUACCAGCUGGUAAUGAAUGUGUAGUGCCUGAUAAAAUCACACAAAUGUGUGUUAUGCUUCGUCACUGCAGUGACCAGACGGUGAUAAAAAACUUACUGCCACAAAGUGGCAACAUACAUUUAUUGGUAAAAUGUUAGUUGUGUAAGUUCUUUUUAUCUCAUUGUUAAUUGUAAAUGUAAAAAUGUAAUUGUAAAAUUUGCACUUAGAGUGAAAACCUCUGUUCAGAACAAUUUCUUAUGCAAUAUUUGUACCAGUAUUUAGGUGUGUCUGAUGUAGGUGGGAAUGUUGCCUUUUAGGCUGGUAUUUUUUAAAGUAUUAGCAUUGAUUUUUGUCAUGCAGAAAUGCCCCUAAUAAGCCACGAUGUUAAAAUGACAUGCCUCCUGCCAUUAAGGUCCCGCUUUUGCUUCCACAAGAGACAUUAGACCUUUGUGGGUAUCCUCUGGUGUAACUACACAUUGGCGCUGAUGUGUAGUUACGUGUUUUGUGAGGUGCAUGCCAAGUUACGUGGAGUAUUAUGCAAGGUUUCUUAGCAUAACACUGCAUUAUAAAGCUGUGAAUUAUCACACCUGACAUCUCUUGUAGCAACGGCAACAUAUUGUGAACAUUUGUAUAUUUUGUUUUUAACAGUAUGUUAUAAAAGGAAAAUGAAAUUCAAAUGAAUACAUAAAUAUCAAAAAGUGUGGUGCCUUUCACUUCUCUAACCAGGUGGGGAAAGAUUUAUCUGGAUGUCUCAGUUGGAAGAUUUAGUAUCUCAAGUGCUUAAAAACUUGCUGUCUUUUGGGCAUUUUUGUGGUUAGUGUAUAUAUAUACAUAUAUUUAUAUGCAUUGUUUCCCUUUUAUUAUUUUUAUAAUCCUGUUUUGUGUUUUUAAAUACAGAUUUCAAUAAGAAGCACAGCUAAUAUUAGAAAGUCCUAUGACCAGCGAUUGUAAUUACUGUAGCAAUGAUGAGCAUUCCAUUUCUUGAUAGAUUUCUUGGCCUCUUCUUGGUAGAUUUGAAAUAUAGCAAAAGAAUACAACAGUUUUGCAAUGUCCAGAUAAAAGAAAAAGCUCUCAAGUGGCAUAUAAAAUAGUGUAAAGAUAUACAUGACAUAUUUAUUCUUUAUAUAAAUGGUAAAUAAUAGAGCUCUUAAAAUAUAUCUCUGUGGAACUCCUAUCAAUAUACUGACCACUAGGGCACUAAGACACUUGACUUAAUACCAUUGGAGAUACUUCCUAAUAGACAGAAGAUUUCAUGAUAGAUGGCUAUGCAUUCAACAUAGGAAGAAAUGAAAAUUGUCUAAUUUGCCUAGGGACACCCUACCAGAGAAAAGUAACAUACAACCUUCUCUUCUAACUAUAAGGUUAAGGGAGCUUAUUCACUUAAACCUUGGUGCAGAGAGCUGGAGACACCAUGGCUGAGUAACUGUUCGUCAUACUUAUCUGAAGUUUGCCAUCUGGGGUGAAUGUGCAAUUAGUGACAAAAAACUGGCAGGCCCAUGAUGCCAUGCACACACCCUCAUAGCUGUUCCUGAAGUUAAGUCACUCUGACUCAAGUAGAGUCCAGCAGACCUGCGGACAUGGAAAGUAACGUGGAAUUUAUAACCAAGGCCUCAGUUAUUGUAUUUACUAAAUGGUUGUUAAACAUGUUUCACACUAAAUGAAAGCAUGGGUUCACAACAACUUAAUUUUCUUAUGCUUAAAGCUGUUAGUGAUGCAGACAGAUAAUUUAUGUUUUAUGAUUUUAAAGUUUAGUGCAUUCUAUUUACAGCGUUUUCACCAGAAUAUGCUAUAAAUAACAGUGCAGGUGGAAAAAUGGGUCUCCAGGGGUCCAUGGUGAAACUGCAUCCGAAAACAUUCAAUUAUCUCUCCAGUACAAUACUCUCUCAAAAUAGGCACACUCACCACAGUCCAGGAAGGGGAAAGGGAAGGUCUGUGCAGAGGGAGAAGACAAUGUCGGAUCCUUUGAGGCAAACACACACGAGCAAAAUACAAGCUAGGAGCCAGUGCUUAACUAACAAGGUAGUUCAACAAUCCAGUAAUGACUACCUUAAGUAAUGGCUGAUGAUGAGAUCAGAGGCCAGAGGGGGUUGAUUAUCUUCAGGUGUGUAGACUCAAGGGUAGGAACACGAAUGAGUACUGCCUCACAGCACAGACAACAACAAACAAUAACAGACAGAAGAGAGGAGAAAGAAACGGAAGCCUAGAGAGAGACAAAACAAACCCUGAUAUGUCAGCCAGGUAGGACCGAGGGACCACGACAAUGUAUGAUUCUCUCAGAGAGGUGCAUUUUUGAUUACCUUAAAGAACUGCAUGUCUAAUAAAUUGAUCUGAUAGUAGAUUUCUUAAAUAUUAUUGGUCAAAUAUUUUAGAAAAUACAACUUCCCACCUCAUGCAUGAAAUCACAAUCCUAAUUCAACCCCAUCACGGACACUUUGAAACCUGUGGGAUCUUAUUUUGAAAGUUUGAUUGUAUUCUAUUGUACAGUAUUGUACUUCCACCCUUAUGAGAUACUGGUGUCCAGGUUCCUGUAGUCUGUAAUGGAGCUGCUGUCUGAGGCGCUGUCAGAGUGUACUGAGUGCGUUGGCAUGCCAAGUUGUAGCCUGUAAUGAGGUGAAACCACACACUAGGCCUGGAUAUUUAAUUAGACAGACUGCUAGGGAAGUAUUUGUUGCUCUAAAUCUCACAUGGCACACUCCACUUUUUUGUUCAGAAACAAUAAUAUAAUAAGACAUUUUCCCUGUUAUUGCACUUGUGUCUUUUUAAAAUAAAGUGUACAAAUUAUUAAUGGAAAA